AUGGCCACUGCAAGAGCUCUGGCCACCAUGGCAAUCUUCCUCCUGGUGGCGCUCUCCACCUCCCAUGUCGCGUCCUCACUCCGCCCGGGUCUCGGUGUCUGCCGUGCGAGUGGCUACCUUCCAGGAAAGUCGGGCAACUGUGAGAAGAGCAACGAUCCUGACUGCUGCGAGGAUGGCAAGAGGUACCCGCAGUACCACUGCUCGCCGCCGGUCACAGCGACCACCAAGGCCGUCUUGACGCUCAACAGCUUCGAAAAGGGCAAGGACGGCGGCGGUCCGUCAGAGUGUGACAACGCCUACCAUAGCGACAAGGAGAUGGUAGUCGCGCUCUCCACCGGCUGGUUCAAGAACAUGGCCCGUUGCGAGCACCGCAUCAAGAUCAACGCCAAUGGCAAGUCUGUGUAUGCCAAAGUGGUGGACGAGUGCGACUCCGUCUAUGGCUGUGACGAGGACCACAACUACGAGCCCCCGUGUGCCAACAACAUCGUCGACGCCUCUCCUGCGGUGUGGAAUGCCUUGGGGCUCGACCAGAAUGUCGGCAUGGAGGGCAUCACCUGGUCUGAUGACUGCCGUGCGAGUGGCUACCUUCCAGGAAAGUCGGGCAACUGUGAGAAGAGCAACGACCCCGACUGCUGCGAGGAUGGCAAGAGAUACCCGCAGUACCACUGCUCGCCGCCGGUCACCACGACCACCAAGGCCGUCUUGACGCUCAACAGCUUCGAGAAGGGUAAGGACGGCGGCGGUCCAUCGGAGUGUGACAACGCCUACCAUAGUGACAAGGAGAUGGUAGUCGCGCUCUCCACCGGCUGGUUCAAGAACAUGGCCCGUUGCGGGCACCGCAUCAAGAUCACCGCCAAUGGCAACUCCGUGUAUGCCAAGGUGGUGGACGAGUGCGACUCCAUCCAUGGCUGCGACGACGACCACAACUACGAGCCCCCAUGUGCCAACAACAUCGUCGACGCCUCUCCUGCGGUGUGGAAUGCCUUGGGGCUCGACCAGAAUGUCGGCAUGGAGGGCAUCACCUGGUCUGAUGAGUGA